UCCUCUUGUUCCCCCUCCCAUUUAUUUUUUAUUUAUUUCUGAUAAAAAUCCAAAACUAAAAUUCAUCUGUUGUAACAGUACUGAUCUACACACGCAUAAUUUUCGAAAAAAAGCAAAGGAAAACAGUACUCUGAUCCCAUCUCACCCUCUCCAAUCAUUAAAUACACAACGCCAGUCAUGAAUCAAGAGAGCAUGUAUUAAAACCCACAAAAGUUGAAGCCUCUUUCGCUCUAUCACGCCCCUAUAUAUAUAUAUAUAUAUAUACACACAUAGUAUCUGCUGCCCACUGCGAAGGCUUCAAUAUCGAGAGCAAGCCCAUCAAUCCUUGCACCGACACUGUAGUGUUUUGCUCUCAAAGAUGAGCCCAUGAGCGGAGCUGACGCACUCUGUGUCCCGGAUCUGUAUUGAUUGAGAAAAUAGACAGGUGCAGUAAGAAAAAGUCUCAGCAGCUGAUUGAAGUUUACAAGUCGAAUCAUGGCUUUAGGGAAGUACUCUAGAGUUGAUGGUAGGAAAUCAUCGUCCAGCUAUUGUUCGACGGUCACCGUAGUGGUUUUUGUGGCCCUUUGUCUAGUUGGGGUUUGGAUGAUGACAUCGUCAUCUGUAGUCCCUGUUCAGAAUUCGGAUGUUUCGCAGGAGAACAAAAAUGAGGUGAAAACCCCUGUGACCGAGAGCAAUGCUGAGAAUAACAAUGAUGCUAGAAAUGAUGAGAAUAGCAAACCUGUGGUCGAAGAUAAUGGUCCGCGUGAUGAGGGACAACAGAAGCAGUUUGAGGACAGCCAGGGUGAUUUGCCUGAAGAUGCCACGAAGGUGGACAACAAUGUGAGUACAAAUCAGGUUGAGAAAAAUGAUAACCCUGAACGGACGGAAAACAACAAUGCGGAUAAGCUGGAGGAGAAGCCUGGGGAUGAAAAGAAAGAUGAUGUAUUGGAAAAGAAGGAAGAUGGACCAAAAGAUGAGUCCGAAAAUGCAACGAAAAAUAAAGUUGAUGGGGAACCUCAGGUGGAAAAUAAGGAAUCUGAAUCUGGGGAGACCAAAGCAAAUAAUCCUGAUGACAACGAGAAAAAAUCUGAAGAGAAUUCAGUCAAAACUGAUGGAGAGAAAGGAGAGGCUCAGGUAGUGGAGAAGGAGGAGAACAAGAAAGAUGAAAAAACAGAUCAAGGCCCCAUUGAGAAAAAGGACAAUCCCCCUGAAGUUUUUCCUUCUGGUGCUCAAUCAGAGCUUUUGAAUGAAUCUACAACCCAAAAUGGGUCAUUUUCAACUCAGGCAACAGAGUCAAAAAAUGCGAAAGAAGUCCAAGGCGCAUCUCAACCACAGAAUCAAAAUACCUACAGUUGGAAGCUUUGCAACACCACUGCUGGGCCAGAUUACAUUCCUUGCCUUGAUAACUUGGAAGCAAUAAUGAAACUUCGAACAACUAAGCACUAUGAACACAGGGAGAGGCACUGUCCAGACAAUCCACCUACCUGCCUUGUUCCCAUGCCUGAAGGAUAUCGACGCACAAUAGAGUGGCCUGCAAGCCGAGAAAAGAUUUGGUAUCGUAAUGUUCCACACAGCAAGCUUGCAGAAGUUAAAGGACACCAAAAUUGGGUUAAAGUUAGUGGUGACUACCUUACUUUCCCUGGUGGUGGCACCCAGUUUAAGCAUGGUGCUCUUCACUACAUUGAUUUCAUACAACAGUCUGUGCCUGAAGUUGCCUGGGGGAAACGUUCCCGAGUUGUUUUGGAUGUGGGCUGUGGGGUUGCUAGCUUUGGGGGCUUUCUCUUUGAUAGGGAUGUGCUCACCAUGUCAUUGGCCCCAAAAGAUGAACAUGAGGCUCAGGUUCAAUUUGCACUUGAAAGAGGAAUCCCGGCAAUAUCUGCUGUUAUGGGUACAAAGAGACUUCCAUAUCCUGGCAGAGUUUUUGAUGUUGUCCACUGUGCGCGUUGUAGGGUGCCCUGGCAUAUUGAAGGUGGUAAACUUCUCUUGGAGCUGAACCGUUUACUACGACCUGGUGGUUUCUUUGUUUGGUCCGCAACUCCAAUUUAUCAAAAACUUCCGGAAGAUGUUGAGAUUUGGGAAGCCAUGAAAAAGUUGACUCAAGCAAUGUGCUGGGAAGUUAUUUCAAUAACCAAGGACAGAGUAAAUGGAGUAGGAAUUGCUGUGUAUCGCAAAACUACUUCAAACGAAUGCUAUGAGCAAAGGCCAACGAACGAUCCUCCACUAUGCAAAGACUCUGAUGAUCCGAAUGCUGCCUGGAAUGUGCCUUUACAAUCAUGCAUGCACAAAGUGCCUGUUGCUCCAUCAGAACGCGGGUCUCAAUGGCCGGAACAAUGGCCUGACAGGGUGGGGAAACCGCCUUACUGGUUGACUAGCUCUGAGGUCGGAGUUUACGGCAAACCGGCUCCAGAAGAUUUUGUGGCAGACUAUGAACACUGGAAACGUGUAGUAAGCAACUCUUAUCUAAAUGGACUCGGAAUCAAUUGGUCUACUGUGAGGAACGUCAUGGACAUGCGAGCUGUCUAUGGAGGAUUGGCUGCUGCUCUGAGAGAAUUGAAUGUGUGGGUUAUGAACAUCGUUUCCAUAGAUGCUCCUGACACACUACCCAUCAUUUACGAGCGAGGUCUAUUUGGAAUUUAUCACGACUGGUGUGAAUCAUUCAGCACCUACCCAAGAUCUUAUGAUCUCCUCCAUGCCGACCAUCUUUUCUCCAAGAUCAAGAAGAAGUGUAAUUUCAUGGCCUUGGUUGCGGAGGUUGAUCGAAUUUUGAGACCUGAAGGAAAGAUCAUUGUCCGCGACAAAGUUGAGAUCAUUAGUGAACUCGAGAACAUAUUCAAAUCCAUGCAAUGGGAAGUCCGCAUGACCUACUCUAAGGACAAGGAAGGAUUGCUAUAUGUCCAGAAAACUAUGUGGCGACCUACAGAGCAAGAGAAGAUCACAUAUGCCAUUGCUUAAAGACGCAUUGCAGGACACAAAGGUUGAAUGAUUCUCGAGGCUUGCUUUCCUGCCACGGAGAUUAGUAGGUAUUUUUUGGUUAUUAAUGCUAAUUUAGAAGUGCAGUAACCGUAUUUUCUCUGCAGGCUAUCAUGUAUCAUCUCUUAGCCAAAUUAGCGUUUUUAGUUAUAUUUUCUUGUCUAGAGGUUUUGCCGAAGUUCUUUCAUUGUAAUGAUGUACUAUUAGUGGCCGUGAAGAGCGACAAUGACCGGUCCUCCCCCAACCUAAUGUAGAGCCCAUCGGUCUGUUUCACUGCAGAAAUCGAAACUGCUGAAUUCAUUGCCUGAUUCAAAUGCUAUUCUUGGAGAUCUGAUGUGUGAAGUGUUUCUUUAUUCUGGGUGAUUCUGUGGUGACUAAGUUUUGGAGUUUGUGGUGAUUCAAGCAACCUUUGUUGGAAUGUUUUUUUUAUUCUUGGUUGAAUUCGAAUCGUCUCUCCCCAAUGGAGAGUUGUCGAGUUCAAAUCCAGGCUCCCCCACCCCUUAUUUCCUUUGUAAUAAAAAGAAAAAGUGUUGGUGUUUUAGCUAUAAAGAA